AUGCCGGCGCUCUCGUCUGGCGCCAACCCGAACGAUGCCUUGGGGUUAAAUCAACCCGCCAUGGGAAGCGGAGGACCUGCUGUCGGCCCAGGACUCGGCAUCGACGGUUUUGAUCCGGAAAUGAACUUUGAUGAGUCCAUCCUGGACAGUGUAAACGGAGGCUUGCCCAAUUUCCCUUUCAACCCAUCCUCGUAUGAUCUCGAGACAUUUACGACGACUUUUGAAGACCCCUUCAACUACUCCAGGCCUUACGAUGCCGCGCCUGAUCCCGAGGCCUUCCAUGAUGAGGAGUCCUCGCCACCGCAGCUGGACGACAAAUUGCUCAGCUUCUCCCCGCCCAUUUUCAAGGCGUCUCCCGUAGAUGACUCUACUGGAGCCUUCUCCGAGGUGAACAUGAGUGCCGAGCUGUACGGCAUGUUCUUUGUCGCCGAGGAUGUCUUUGGCGGCGAGAAUACGGGGCCGCGUCCCCUGGAACUGACUUGCUACCGACGUAAUCUCUGGCAAUGUUCGGGUCAGAUUAUUAUGCCGCGGCAUUGUACUCAGGUUUUGAAUGAGCAAGGACGAACUAUACCCAUCGUGGAAUUUCAUGCGUCCAUUACGGCCUCUGAGUCGAUUGAUAACAAGCCGACAGAAAUCAUCUCCAUACCUUGGAAGAGCGGCAACUCUGCUCUAGGAGAGGGUCAAGAGACCAAGACCGCUGGCGCACCGCCAAAGGUGGCCCUUGAUCUCGGUAGUGCUCAAGAGGUGGACGCCCACCGCGUCAGCAUUCCCGUGUCAUGGAAGCGCUUGCAGUUCAAGUCUGCCACCGCCAACAACGGGCGUCGCAAGGGACUGCAACAACACUACGUUGUCCAAAUUAACCUCCUUGGCAAAAUGAAGACUGGCGGGGAGCUCAUGAAGAUUGCCGAGAUUAGAAGCGGCCCAGUCAUAGUUCGGGGUCGUAGUCCACGAAAUUUCGACAGCCGAAAAGACGUGCAACUAUCGGGCGACAAGAAACCAGUCUAUAUUGAAAAGCCACGGACUCAAAGUGAAGCGCCAGCAACAACACCCAUCUUGAAGCAAGAAAAGCCCGACAUAACUGCGAGCCUACACCGCUACAAUUCUUCAGGCUCGUCAUACACAAAUGAUUGGAACAAUGGGAAUUCACUAUCAUAUGACAAUGGACAUCAAACCCAACAGCAACAACAGCGACAGCCCCAAAACCCCCAGAAGAGAUUGGCCCUUUCGCCCAACCCCAACCGGCCACCCGUGCCGGCAUGGAGCUCAGAGUCGUCUGUAAACAAAAUGUCAAGUUUUGCAGCAUCGUCCAAGAACUCAUCUGGCCCAUCCAUCCCUAUUAAUCUAUCGCUCUCAGAAGACGAGCGGAGCCCAAACAAUCGUUCUAAUUCCGAUGCACUGCAGAGCCCUCAGCUCAACAGGUCAAGCAUCAGCGGCGCUCUUGCGAGUCCAACAGAAGAAACCGAGGAGCUAUAUGAAUACUUUCCACUUAGCGUGGACGACUGGACUCCCCUGGUAGAUACGAUAUAUCGACCCCACAUCGUCCAUCACAUAGCCGUGCCCCAGGAAAUCAAAGCACAAAAGGUCCGGAGCAAAGCCAAGAGAUAUUUCUCUGCAGAAUAA